ACCAUAUUGUUCGGCUCAUCAAUAUAUUAGCCAAAUAUUAUCUCAAUUGCACCCACAAGUCCGAAAUGAUACUGAAAGACGCGGAAAGAGGUGUAAAAUGUGACAUUAUAGUCGUGGACGCCUAUGUGACCACAAACUGGUAUUGUGGAUUACUCUAAUGGACGACAAGAUGCUCAUCGAUUCAAACUAGCGCCCUACUUUAACAGCGCGCCAUUGUGUGGUUCUGUAUCGUCCACUAACCCAAUCCAAUUCGAUCGCUCAUCACGGCCAUGGGAGAGCUCGAGAUCGACAGAAAAUUGGAGGGUACGAUUGUGUAUGCUGUUCUGGGCAGGCUUCACUAUGGCUUCGACAUUUUUACUCUCGACCUCCCUCACCACCUUUCUCUGCAUUCACAGCCCAAAUUUCCCAACCACAAAAGACUCACCGACGGAAAAUCUAUUAACUACAAUGCCCAGUUCGUCACUCCCUCAGACGCCAAGCUUCUCCUCCAAGGACCAGCCCUUCAAUCACCAGAAUCCAGGCCACACUAUGAAGAAGAGGAACAAGAAAUGCUCGUUUAUGUAUCAGAGAGAACGGGAAAUGCCAGGCUCCAUUUCAGCUCCGCAAAGGCAAUCGGGCCCGUUUUGGGUCCACUGAAGGGCACAGUGAAUGAUCUCGGGAACCCUGCAUUCUUCUUUGACAGACCCCUGAUAAGAAACGGAAUGGCCUAUUUUGUGUCAAUGCAAGAGCCUCCGGACAAAUUGCCCAAGAGCUGGUGUGCAGUCUAUGCUACCUGCCUUAAAACUGGCCAGACAAUUCGCCUUACUCCUCCUGGAGUAGUGGACUACAGCCCUGCAGUUUCUCCUUCUGGUAAGUGGUUAAUGGUAGCUUCCUAUGGGGCAAAAGAUUGGGAGAGAGACCACAUUCAGGAGCUCCACACCGAUCUAUAUGUUUUCAAGGCCGAAGAUGGGUUAUGCAGGCGGAUGGUUGCAGAGCAAGGAGGCUGGCCCAGUUGGGCGGAUGAGAAUACUGUGUAUUUUCACAGGAGAGCAGAAGAUGGUUGGUGGAGCAUCUAUAGAUUGGACCUUUUCGAUGGAUCGAUUCAACCAGAGCGCAUUACUCCGCCCUCUGUGGACGCCUUCACCCCCUGCGCUUCUGUCACUGGGAACUGGAUAGCGGUCGCUACACGCAGACCAGGGUCCAAAUUCAGGCAUAUUGAAAUCUUCGACCUGCAGUCGAAAUCUUUUAUACCAGUCACAGAGUCCAUCAGUCCGGGUGUUCAUCACUACAAUCCUUUCAUCUCGUCACAUUCCCUUAAACUGGGCUUCCACAGAUUCAGGGGCGAAGAUGCCGAGGACGCCGACACGGUUGUUCCUGUCUUAGAACCUGUGGAAUCCCCAAUUCCGAAGUUGAAAUUACAGAGGAUAAAUGGCGCCUUCCCGGCGUUUUCUCCAGAUGGGUUUCUGAUAGCUUUCAACCCUAAUGUUGGUGUCCCGGACGGCGGAGUUCAAGUGGUGAAAUCGGAUGGAUCGAAGCGAUGGGAGUUGUUCAAAGGCCCUGCAUUUGCAGUGGCAUGGAAUGGCAAACACCAAGGCCUCUUGUAUGCCUCUGUUGGCCCUGUUUUUGCUCCCAAUCAAUCCACAGUCAAUGUUAUCUCUAUCAGCUUUAAUCCAGAGGAUUUGGGAGAUGAGUAUGAGGUGAAAUCGGAGGUGAGAUUUCUGACAAAAGAAGGCACCACCAACAAUGCAUUUCCCUACUCAUCUCCAGAUGGGAAACAAUUGGUGUUCAGAUCGGGGCGAUCAGGGCACAAGAAUCUGUACAUAAUGGAUGCAGAGAAAGGUGAGGAAGGGUGGAUUCGACCCCUAACUCAAGGCCCUUGGAUUGACACCAUGCCCUGCUGGUCUCCGGACGGACAAUGGAUUGCUUUCUCCUCCAACCGACAUGACCCACAUCAGGAUGUGUAUUUCAGCGUCUAUUUAAUCCAUCCGGAUGGAACAGGGCUACACCGAAUACCUGGUUGUGAUAAGGAUAGGAUCAAUCAUAUUGUCUUCAGCCCCGAUUCGAAAAGCUUACUGUUUCCUGCCAGUUAUAGUGGGGUAUCGGCGGAACCCGUUUCUCUGCCCCACCACUACCAGCCUUAUGGAGAGAUUUUUGUGUCUGCAUUGGAUGGAAGUCAUCUGCAGAGGCUGACGUUCAACUCUUAUGAAGAUGGGACUCCAGUGUGGCACCAGGGUUCCAGUGCUAAUGAAUUGGAUUUCGAUUCUCUGUCUGUAGAGAAGCUUAAGGGUGAAUUUGAUGAACCUCUUUGGCUUGCAAAAUCAUAGAGAUGCUCUGGUUUUCAAAACUCCUGGGUAUCAUAAGGAGAGGUCCAAUCGAAAUAAAUCUCACCCUUUUGAUGUUCUCUUGUUGAAUGACUGCCCUAAAUGGACACGCUUUUCAGAUUGUAAAGGAAUGAAAGGACAUUCCUCACUGCUUACUUUUCAGAGGGUUUUGUAUCACUCUUGUAAGAAAGAAAAUUUGAAUCAGCCCCCGACAGAAAUUAUGUAAUUUCAUUACUUAAUUAUUUUCAACUAUUGUAAAAUUUUCAUUACAAUAAAAAGGAUUGCAUAAUAUUAUAAUUCC